GGUUUUAGAUUUAGAUUGUCCAUCCCCUUGAAAAACUCGCGGCUGUGGAUUGCUGCCCUUUUGGCCUAUGACAUCAAACAAGAUCUUGACUCUAUGUGCUCACAAAACCUUUGGCUAAUUUUCCCGCCAUAACAUGUAAUGUCACAUGACCAACACGUGAUGAAACAAAGAAAAUCAAGAUGUCCGCAGACAUUAACGUAGACAUGCCUGUUUUGCAAAGAGAAAAACGCUCGCGAUUGGUGGUUCCAACGUACACAGAUGCCUCUGGAGACGAACAGGAUGAUAUAUCUAGUACAGCCAGUACCAUCAUGGAAGACUCUUCUAUCCGCAGUGAAACUCCGCCCACACAGCGACGGUUUGGUCGCGGCAAAAACAAAAACAAGAGGUGUAAACUUCAAUACAAAUGCACAAAUUAUAUCAAGGAGGACCAUGGACAACCAUUAUUUGGACUUCAUAUCAACCAGUUCACCAAAGAAGGGGACCCUAUCCUUUUUGCUACAGUUGGAUCAAACAGAGUAACUUUGUACGAGUGUUUGGAUGGAGGGAAGAUCAACCUACUACAAGCCUAUAUGGAUCCCCCUUGUGUGGAUAGUGAGGAAAACUUCUACUGCUGUACCUGGACGUUUGAUCCAGAAACUGGACAGCCACUUCUGGCAGCUGCCGGGCUCAAGGGAAUCAUCCGCAUCAUCAGCCCUGUCACAAUGUCUUGUAUCAAGUAUUACAAAGGCCAUGGUAAUGCCAUCAAUGAGCUGAAGGUUCACCCCAGGGACCCUAAUAUGUUAUUGUCAGUAUCAAAGGACCACACAUUACGGAUUUGGAACCUGAAGACAGAUGUAAAUGUGGUGAUAUUUGGAGGUGUGGAUGGACAUAGGGAUGAAGUUCUCAGUGCUGACUUUAACAUGGAUGGUUCCACUAUUGUUUCCUGUGGCAUGGAUCAUUCCUUAAAGAUGUGGAAGACUGACCAUGAAUCCAUCCAAACAGCUCUGAAAGAAUCCUACAACUUCACCCAGGGGAAAACAAGAUUCACCACAGUAUUUCAGCAUUUCCCUGAUUUUUCUACGCGAGAUGUCCACAGAAACUACGUAGACUGUGUGCGAUGGCUUGGUAGAUUUGUUUUGUCUAAGUCCUGUGAAAACUGUAUUAUCUGCUGGAAGCCAGGUCUGCUCAGUGACACAGAAACAGCUCUUAAACCCAAAGACAACAAAGUGACGGUGAUCCACCGGUUUGACUACCGCGACUGUGACAUCUGGUACAUGAGAUUCGGUAUCGACUACUGGCAGAAGGUGAUUGCCCUUGGUAACCAGGUGGGAAGGAUAUAUGUGUGGGAUAUUGACACCGAGGAUCCUACAGCAGCCAGAUGUACAGUGUUGAGUCACAACAAGUGUAUCACAGCCAUACGUCAGACAGCAUUCACACUAGAUGGCAGCACACUCCUGGCUGUUACUGACGACGGGUCAAUAUGGCGCUGGGACCGAGUGAAGUACUAGAGGGAAGGAAAACAACUGGAAUAUACUUAGAUCUGUGCAAUUGGAUAAACAAAGUUGAAUGUAAUGAACAAAUGAAACUUUUAUGUAAGAGGAAAUAAAAAAAAAUCAGGAUC